AUGGAGAACAUUAAAACUAGUGAUGACAGAGAAAUUGGCAAGGUUCAGACAAAUGUUUCACUGAAAGAGAUCGACAGCCCUCUUAGUACAAGACAGAUUGAUAAAUGGUCUAUUUGCACUCACAGUUUAAUAUUGCACCUUUUCUCUUUAGACAGAUCAGUGAUUGCACAGCCCAUCUUUGUUUUCAAGAAAGAGCAACCUUAUAAGACACCUAUCGAAGAUCCUGUGUGCAAGGCUGAAAAUGUUUCCACUGGUUGUUCCAGAAAACGUCCAAGAUCAUCAUCUUUUUCUUUCCAGCCCUCUGACUCUCAGUUGUGCAGAGAAACGAUACUAUCCCCAAAACGUGUGCGAUCAUCUUCCUUUACCAUCCUUCCAACAUUCCCACCAUCUCAGCCAGUAAAGAAGAAUAACAUAUUCUUGACCUCCAUGCUACUACAAAAGAAAAUUGGUGUGAAAGCUACAGAAGAGAGUAUUCCAUCCACAAAUGUACAGUGGGAUGUUUUGAAGCCUGCCAUCUUACAACCUCCACAAGCUUCUAUGCACAGAUUAGCAGAAAAGAUAAGCACUGAAUCUGUUCUGCAAGAUACAAACGCUGAGGUAUCUGAAGGCACUGAUGCCUGGAAAGAUGUUCCAGAAAAGCAACCUGUUUCUUUUCACAUUUUAGGUCCUCAAGUAAUAGGCAACCAGUUAUCCCAAAGCAGAACUUUUUCAAACAGUAAACAUCCUGACUUUGUGUUUGGAGAAAAUAUAGUAGAAAGAGUCUUGAGGCCUGAGAUAUCCCCAGAGCUGCCGUCAGAAGAUGAACCACACAACAGUGAAAAUGAAACAUUAGGUUUUCAUACCAGUUCUCCAUGGACAAAUUUGGUCAAGGACACAACACUGGCUGAAUCAGCUGCUGCUUACAUAUCUAACAAGCCAAGACAAAGAUAUUUAUUAGAUAAAGUUGAAGUCACAACAGGAGAAGAAGCAGAACACAAUGUGUUGCAGAUCAACUGCAAACUUUUUGUAUUUAACAAAGCGUCAUUGUCCUGGAUUGAAAGAGGCAGUGGCUCUCUGAGACUUAAUGAUACAUCCAGCAAUCAGUGUGGAAUGCUUCAGUCAAGACUGGUCAUGCGAAAUCAAGGAAGCAUGAGGCUUGUUCUUAACGCCAAACUCUGGCCUCAGAUGGUCAUAAAAAGAGCAAACAGGAAAAGUCUGUGCAUCACAGCAACAGACCUGGAGGACUGUUCUGUGAAGGUAUUUCUAAUACAGGCCAGCUCAAAAGAUGCUGCUUCGCUAUAUGCAGCAAUCCACCACCGUCUUGUUGCAUUGAAAAAUUCUGCAAAGCAGGAAUGUGAUGCAGAUCAGAUGGAACCAGAAUCAGAUAUUCAGCAGUUAAACUGCGAAAGUGAUGAAGAAGAGAGUGAAAAAAUAACGGAACUGAACAAAAAUAGAUCAGACCAUUCUCCAUGGAUCCAAAGGCACUCUGUGGUCUGUUUGUGACAACUCACUGCUUCCAGUCCUAGAAAUAAGGAUGAAAACCUGUUUGCUUUGGUGGUCUGAAAGACUCGGCGCAUGAUGGAUUUCUCUGCAGCAUUUGUCGCAUGACUGUAGGGCAAAGAUUUCUGAAUGUUGGCUUCAAACCCUUGAAGAUACAUGGAAGAAGCACUUUAAAGAUUCCGAUCAUUAAUCCUUAUACUCAAGCAGGAAUCUGAGCAUUGCUCCAUUUCUCUAGGAAUAAUGUUUGAAAAGGGAAAGAAACUACAUAUUUUGGAGUGAGCCAAUUGAAAGUACAAUUUAAAGAAAAGGAUAAUCCUGAUUCUUUCAUCAUAUUGAUGGCAUUAAUCACUUAUCUAUGAAUUACUGACUGUGCUGUUUCUCUAUAGACAAGUGACAGGCUGCUUACAUAUUUGCAAAAUGCUAAAAGUUUAGGUUUCACUUUUGCUAACACAGCUUUAUAUUUGGUUGUUUUGCCAACAAAUGAGUUUAAGGGCCAAACUGCCAUUUAGAGAAUAAAACUGGUGAGUGAAAUCAAAAAGCUA